CCCCACCGGCGGCGGGGAGCGGACGCGCGCGGCGGCUGCUCGGUAGGACGGUCUCUGCAGCCUCGCACGAUGGGCCCGCGGUGUGGAUGACCAGCCCGGCGCAGGCCCGCAUGCCGCCGCCCCGCCAGGACUGCACUGCGAGGGCCGCUCGGGGCCCCGCGCCCGUAACCUCCUGACCCGCAGCCCCGAUCGCAUCCAAGCUUGGCAAGCGAGGCGCAGGAGUGAGCCGCCCGAGUCCGCGGGGCACACAAGCGACCGCGGGCCCAGGGGCCCCGGGGGAAGGGGCCGCGCGGCCGCGGGAAACAUUCUCCCCAAGCGGCUCGGCAAGAUGACCAGCCUGUUCCGCCGGAGCAGCAGCGGCGGCGGCGGCGGCGGGGGUGGCGCGCGCGGCGGCGGGGGAGGCCCCGCAGCGGCCGCGGCCCCGCAGGAGCUCAACAACAGCCGGCCGGCCCGCCAGGUGCGCCGCCUCGAGUUCAACCAGGCCAUGGACGACUUCAAGACCAUGUUCCCCAACAUGGACUACGACAUCAUCGAGUGCGUGCUGCGCGCUAACAGCGGCGCCGUGGAUGCCACCAUCGACCAGCUGCUGCAGAUGAACCUGGAGGGCUGUGGCGGCGGCACGUGCGAAGACAGUUCCGACUCGGAGGACAGCAUCCCCCCGGAGGUCUUGGAAAGGACGCUGGAACCCGAUAGCUCGGAUGAAGAACCGCCGCCUGUGUACUCUCCGCCGGCCUACCACAUGCACAUGUUCGACCCACCAUACCCUCUGGCUCCCCCCACCCCGCCUCCCCGGACCGACGUGCUGGGCUCCGGACCCCCUUCGAGCCAGAGGCGCUAUCGGAACUGGAACCCCCCGCUGCUGGGCAGCCUCCCCGAUGACUUCCUCCGCAUCCUGCCCCAGCAGCUGGACAGCAGGCAGGGGAACCCCGCCGGCCCCAAGCCUGUGAGUGGAGAGGGAGGCCCGGCUCCUGCGCCUGGGCUCGACCCCCGGGACCAGGAGAGCCGCUGGAAGCAGUACCUGGAGGACGAGAGGAUCGCACUCUUCCUGCAGAACGAGGAGUUCAUGAAGGAGCUGCAGCGCAACCGUGACUUCCUCCUCGCCCUGGAGAGAGAUCGAUUGAAAUAUGAGUCCCAGAGAUCCAAAUCUAGCAGUGUGGCUGCGGGAGGCGACUUUGGCUUUCCCUCUUCUGUCCCAGGAAACAGUGACGCCAACCCCGCCGUGUCCGAAGAUGCCUUAUUCAGGGACAAGUUGAAACACAUGGGAAAAUCCACCCGCAGGAAGCUGUUUGAGCUUGCCCGGGCCUUCUCUGAGAAGACCAAGAUGAGGAAGUCAAAGAGGAAACACUUGUUGAAGCAUCAUUCGCUGGGGGCUGCGGCGUCAACGGCCAACCUCCUGGACGACGUGGAGGGCCACUGCUGUGAGGAAGACUUCCGGGGGAGGAGGCAGGAGGCGCCCAAGGUGGAGGAGCUCUUAAGAGAAGCACAGUAAGAGCAGCUCCUCGCCAAAGGUGAUCUGACCCUGUCGGGGCACCCAGCUGAACGGCCCGGCUGCAGCCGGACAGAUGGUGCUCGCCUCCUGAGGCCCUCCGGCACAGUUCAGCCCAGCCACUGCCACUUCCCACUGGACUCGGACGCCGGAGUUGCCAUCCUGUGAUUGGAGGAAGGACCUGAGGCCCCCGGGGGCAGCAGCCAUUCACAGCCCCUUUUGUAGCCAGGCUUUUCUAUGGGGGAUGAGUAAAAAUGGAGGAACCACCCCUUCUUGAGGGGGAAAAAAAAAAAGGCCCAGGACGCAGACCCAGGUUGGAGUAUGGGCAAGAGCAGGAUGGCUCUCUGGCCGGAAGCUGGAGAUCCUGCAGCCCUCCCUUGCCCACCUCUCUGGGGCUCAGCCUCUGCCUGGCCUCCUGCCCACCCACACUCCCAACUACUUUCCAGGGCCUCCUGCAGCUCGGGCUGCCCGGCACCGGCCACACAGAGAGGCGAGGUGCCCGCUGCCUGCCCUGCCCAGUUAAUCGUGCAGCACCCCUGGCCCAGCAGGGAUGGGGAGGGUGUGGCCCCCCUCCUCCCCGGAGCUGGAGGACUCUGGCUAGGCGGGGUUUUUGGGUUGGCAGGAGACUGAGACGGUUCUGGAGCCACCCUGCUGUGGGUGUUCACAGGGUCAGACGCCCUGGCUACCCGGUGGCAGGUUCUGGAGUGACCCCGUCGAAAGGCGCAGGGCUGCAGAGCAAGGGGAAGGGGCCCCUGGGUGGGAGACCCUAGGGCAGCAGGGCCUGCCUGGGGCUCAUGGAAGAGCAAGGUCGGCUUAGAAGAAGUCCGACUCCACGAACGCCCACCGGCACUGGCAGAGAGGCCGCCGCUGCGUCCCCUGCCCCUCCCUCGACCUGGGAACACGCUGACCUUUCCCGCGAGCCGGGACGCCGGGGCAAGCGUGGGACGCUGGGCUUGGAAUCCGAAUGUUGGAGGGGCCCGGGUGGCCGCAGGUGGCCUCGAGAUGAGCGGGCGUGGUGGUGGUUGGAGGACGACCGCGCCAGUUCCGCGUUCCGCCCGCCCCCGCCCGGGCACCUCGCUCCCCGAGCCCGGCGCGGCGCGUGACCAAGUUUGGAAGCGAGUGGCCCCUGCGAUGGCGAGGACCGGGCCGCCCGCCCUCCGCGGUCCCCGCAGCCGCGCCUUUGGGCCUGGCUCCCCCGGAGCAGGAGGGGGGCUCCAGGCGCCCCGCGGGGAAGCCCCAGCCCCGCGUCUGUGUGUGUUGCUUUGUUUUUUCCUCUGAUGUGUGGUUUUUUCUUGGAGCUGUUUCCUAGGAAUCCCUGUAAUAAAGACUUGGUGUU